AUGGCGAUGUGCAUCGAUGUGGCAAGCAGCCCGCUGGGAGCAGAGGGAGCCGCCGAGGCGCUGUGCCGUGCCUUGCACGGCCCGUUGAGCGUGCGCUGGCAGGUGCCGCUGGAGAACGGCUUCGUGGCAGCCCUGCAGGCCCAGCUCCAGGAGCCCUCGGAGAGCUGGCCGCCGCGGCAGGUGCAGCUGCAGCUGGCGCGGCCCGGGCUGCCGGCGCUGGAGAUGCAGGUGCCCUCGGCCUCUUCCCCGCAGCAGCUGGCCACUUUGAUCACAGCGGCGCGGCGGGUGGCCGAAGGCCGUGCUGAUGAGGUUCCCCCGGAAAAGAUUUUGGAAGCGGAGUUGGAGGUGGUGGACGAGUGCCAGGAGCGGAAGAUUGCGCAGCCGCUGAGCAUCAGGCAGUGGCACCACGGCGUUUGUGGCCACCAUGCGCUCUUCAACCUCCGGUGCAUGCUGCGCGGCGAUUUGGACGCGCUGCGGGAUGAGCCGAAGUUUUGGCAACAAGCGCUCGCUGACAUGCAGCGCCUGGCGAACUUCGGGGAGCAGAGUGGGCGCUGGCCCAGGAGCCGGGUGCUGUGUGGCGUGGCCGACGAAGUGCACCUGAGGCACUUGGUGGAUCACGACGAGGAGCUAAAGGGCAGAAUUACACUGGCAACAUCCCUCGAGAGCCUCAAGGACCAGCUGCCGGGGCUGCGGAAGAGCGCGGUGCACGGGUUCCUGCUGGGUGCCGCGACGCACUGGUACAGCGCUGCCGUGCUGCACACACCUGGGGGGCCGCAGAUCUACUUCUUCGACUCGUACAACGCGCUGCGACGGGACCAGACGCUCACCGCGGAGGAGGUGGAAAUGGCCAGCCAGGAGGAGGACAAGGACAUGGACGAUGCGGACGCCACGGAGAUCCUGUCCAUGGAGGCGGACGACGAGGCGUUGAAGGUCCGGGAGUGCCAGCUCUACCACCCCCAGGUGGACCAGGCGAUCCGGAAGAAGGAGGAGCUGCAUAAGGUCCAGGAGCUCUCGGUGCUGGACUACAUGACGGAGCAGGUCCCCACGCUGGAGGACUCGGACUCCUCGGCGGACUCGGGCUCUGAAACGGAUGACUCGGUGGACACCCAGUCGGAGACCGAGGUGGUGGCCCUACCGUUGGCAGCCUAG